AUGAAUGUGGCCGAUGGCAAAUUCAAGACUCUUGAAGACUUCACCCUUGAGGAGACCGAAAACAUCCGUAAGGAGUUGGAGGGACGUCAGCGGGCCGAGUUCGAGAUGAAGGAGGCCAUCACUUCCUUGGAGUGCCGACUUAUGGAGGCGUUGAACACAAUUGAAACCAUGAAGGCCGAAAUGAGGACACUCAAGGAUGGCAUAGAAGUUGGAGGAUCGGCAUCACCCGACCGUGAUAGGGAGGCCAGGGUCGAGGCUCCCAAGCCACCUGUGUUUAAAGGCAUCCUCGAUGCUCAAGAGGUGGAGAAUUUCUUGUGGCACUUGGAGAAUUACUUCAAGUGUAGCCGGGUGAAGAGUGACGAGACCAAGAUCAACACUGCCGUGUUGUAUCUUUCAAAGAUGGCCAUGUUGUGGUGGAGGCGUAAGGAAGCCGAGAUAGGGAAGGGGACGUGCACCAUCAACCCGUGUGAGCAAUUCCGCGAGGAAUUCAAGAAAGCCUUCUUCCCUAAUAACGUCAUAUAUGAGGUUAAGCGCAAGUUCAAGGAGCUGAAGCAAACGGAAAGCAUUCGGGCAUACGUGAAAGAGUUCACAACUCUAACGCUUCAGAUUCCCAACCUCACGGACGAAGACAUGUUGUUCCACUUCAUGGACGGGUUGCAGAAUUGGGCCAAGAUGGAGUUGGAGCGGCGACAGGUCAAGACCAUAGAUGAAGCCAUCACCCAGGCAGAGUCUUUGACAGACUUUAAGCCUGAUCGGCAUGACAAGGCAAAGGGAAAGGAUGCAAGGAACAGUCAUGCCAAAGGUGGGGGAGACCGUGGCCGAGGAAAGGAGCAGCAGACACACCCCAAGCAGUACGACCCCUACAAGCCGGAAAGCAAACGGUGCCCGGAAAUGAAGAACCAUGGUGCCAUCCUACGCGAGCGGAAGGAGAAGGACGCACAAGAGCAAGGGCAAGAUGCAGGCACGACGCAGUUGGGCAUGGAUGGACUAUGCGGGGAGAUAGCCAAGCAGACAGAGAAGCCGGGAGACUUCAGCACGCAGUAUGUAGACAUCUCUAUUAAUGGACGUACAGCUCGUGCCAUGGUGGACACCGAGGCAGAAGCAAACAUCAUGACCAAGACGGCGGCAGAGAGGUUAGGACUAAACUAUGUUCCAAGCAACACCCGCCUCAAGACGGAGUUCUUCCAGCGCUACCACACGAUGAUCGACCCCCACUUCCAACGACUCAUGGUCAUGGAGCGGGAAGGGUCAUGCAUGGUACCUCUAGUCAAGGUACCGAAGAAGGGAGGACAUGCCCUCUUGUCGGCCAUGCAGAUCGUGAAGGGCCUGAAGAAAGGAGAAUCGAAGUUUCUAGCCACCAUUGCAGGUUCGAGAGAAGACAACGGUGCUAAGGAGUCCUUGCCACCGAUCAUAGAGCAGGUCCUUGAAGAGAACAAGGACGUGAUGCCAGACGAGCUGCCGAAGACCAUACCUCCGAGACUCGAGGUAGAUCACAAGAUAGAGUUGGAGGUUGGAGCCAAGCCACCCGUGCAUGCACCUUAUCGCAUGGCUCCACCUGAACUAGAGGAGCUAAGGAAGCAGUUGAAAGAGCUCCUCGAGGCCGGUCACAUCCGUCCAUCCGAGGCACCUUAUGGCGCACCGACUUGGACAGACCAAGUACUUCAUGAAGGUGGACCUCCGAAAAGGCUACUACCAAGUGCGCAUCGCAGAAGGGGACUAGCCGAAGACAGCAUGCGUGACGAGAUAUGGAGCGUAGGAAUGUUCGUGGUGGUCUACUUGGAUGACAUAGUCAUCUACAGCAACACCUUGGAGGAGCACGUGGAGCAUUUGAGAAAAGUCUACCAAGUCUUACGGGAGAACCAACUAUACAUCAAGCGGGAGAAGUGCGAGUUUGCCCAACAUGAAGUCAUUUCUUGGGCCAUAUCAUCAGCCAGGGCGAACUACGGAUGGACGAGGCCAAAAUACGGGCAAUCCAAGAAUGGGAGGUUCAUAAGGGGUUACUCUGCAAAGGCCGCUCCACUGACCGAGUUAUUGAAGAAAAAUAAGUCGUGGGUUUGGAGCGCGGAGUGCCAGCAAGCCUUCGAAGGUCUCAAGGCCGCGAUAACAGAAGGGUCGGUCUUGACGCUGCCCGACUUUUCAAAGACUUUUGAAGUACAUACGGAUGCUUCAGACUUUUCCAUUGGGGGAGUCUUAAUGCAGGAAAGACACCCAAUAGCAUUCGAGAGCCGCAAAUUGAACGAGACCGAACAGCGCUAUACAGUGCAGGAGAAAGAAAAUGAUGGCCAUUGUACAUUGUCUACGCACGUGGAGACACUACUUGCUAGGCUCCAGCAUGAUCCCGAGGCCAAGAAGUUGAUGGAGUUAGCCGCCCAAGGCAAGACUAGGCGCUUUUGGGUGGAGGAUGGCCUUUUGCUCACGUCCGGUCGAAGGGUCUACGUGCCGAAAUUCAGGACUAUCAGGCGGCAAAUAAUCAAGAAAAGCCAUGACACACCGUGGGCCGAGCAUCCAGGGCAGUGA